GGCGUCUUCAGAAGUCUGAGGUUGUGAAAGACAGCAAACUUUGUUCCUAAGGUACUUAAACAAGCGUGGCGGACUUUACGACGCGCUGACGUGGUUGUGUGUGGAUGGUUGCUACAUCAAUUGGUCCAUUAAUUUAGGUAGUCGAUUUAUUAGGCGGCUAUGAUUCUGUAUGUUUUUAUUGACGGGCGUCAUCGUCGCAAACACGACUCAGUAUCCCCCCCCGCACCCAUUACAACGGGAUUGUAUUGUGGCCCAAAGAACUGCCUUGGAUCUUUGUGCCUAAUUGUCUAUAAGUCAAAAAAGAAGCUUUGUGUUGUCCGGUAUCACAUAUGAAUUCUAACCUCGUUGAUUUUAUUUUGGCGAGAAUACAAAUGCAACUCGGCAGGCCGUCCCUGCGCCUGCGCUUCUGUCGAAGUACAUCAUCUUGCGAUAUACCAAAAGGAUAAAGACCAAAAGGAUAAAGACUGUUCAAAAUACCAUGGCGAAAGUACAAAAAAGCAACUAUCUCCCUUACCUUCAACAGCUCCUCGACACUCAAGGCGACACGGAGGGCGUGGCCAUAGAAAGCGUAUGCGCGAUCUGCCAGGAGAGCAAACUGGAUAUCUCGAAGAGCACUAGGGAAUUUACUUCUUCUAUCGAACCCCCAAAGGAACAUCUCCAAUUACAUCGAAACUUUGUCGACUAUAUCAAACAUGACAUCGAACGGACUGUAGCUCUUGCAUGUGGUCAUGUCUUUGGCGAUCGAUGCAUCAGGAGCCUCUUAGCGCAAGGAUCAGACCUCGUCUGCCCGUCUUGUGGGUUUAGAAUGGCAUAUCAAGGCUGCGGCCACGUCAUCCCGCCAGCCCUAAUCCCAGUUGAAGGCGACAAUCCGAUCCGGGACACAUUUCCCCUGACGAUCCCCGAAGGCGCAAGAGAUCCGCAAAACUGUAUGGAGUGUAGAUGGAGGCAUAUUCGAUCGCAUAUCCGGUAUGCUCUUGCCGACGAGUGUGUCUUAUGCCGGCAAAGAACACUCGCUCACGUACCUUUAGACGCAGCUGGGCAUCGGGCACAUAGAGAUCAACAUAUGAGCAUGGGGCUUAGACAAGCUUUAGACGACAUCCUAGCGCUUGUUUGGCCUGAGUUCGUGACACGCGAGACCAACGAGUCCCUAUCCAAGGCUUCGGCUGAAAGUGAGCGCCACCAAAUCCACGUUUCACUGCUAAACGCCAUGGUUCGAUCGGAAAUAGAGGACACAAUUUGGUAUCGUACCAAAGCCGGCAGGUCGACUCACCUAACUAAGGAACAGUUGAGGAGACAUACCCGUGGGAUGGCAUCGAUCGAGCAGACUCUUCUAGGCUGGCUCAUGGACUCUACCCGAGAGCAGAGGCGGAUGUGGUAGAUGAUUGUUGUUGUUGUUGUUGUUGUUGUUGUUGUUGUUGUUGUUGUUGUUG